AUGAGGGAGUGUAUCUCCGUGCACGUGGGCCAAGCCGGGGUGCAGAUGGGCGUGGCGUGCUGGCAGCUGUACUGCCUCGAGCACGGCAUCCGGCCGGACGGCACGCUGCCCUCUUGCGAGGCGGACGCUGGCGCGGCGGACUCGUGCUUCAAUACGUUCUUCUCGGAGGCGGACCGGGGCAAGAUGGUGCCCCGCGUGGUCAUGGUCGACCUGGAGCCCACCGUGAUUGACGAGGUUCGCAAUGGCGAGUAUCGACAGCUCUACCAUCCUGAACAGCUGAUCACGGGAAAGGAGGACGCUGCCAACAACUACGCGCGCGGGCACUAUACCACAGGUCGCGAUAUCCUCAGCCCCGUCAUGGAAAGGGUUAGGAAAUUAGCCGAUCAGUGCACUGGCUUACAGGGUUUCUUCGUGUUCCACUCUUUUGGCGGUGGCACUGGUUCGGGUUUUACCUCCCUUCUAAUGGAGAAGCUCUCGGAGGAGUUUGGGAAGAAGAGUAAGCUGGAGUUUGCGAUUUAUCCCGCUCCUCAGGUCUCAACGGCGGUGGUCGAGCCGUACAACGCUGUGCUGACGACGCACGCCACCAUCUCGCACUCCGACUGCGCCUUCAUGGUGGACAACGAGGCCAUAUACGACAUCUGCCGGCGGCGGCUCUCCAUCGAGCGGCCCUCGUACGCCAAUCUCAACAGGCUCAUAUCGCAGGUUGUGUCCUCGAUAACGGCGUCGCUGCGAUUCGACGGCGCGCUGAAUGUUGACCUGACGGAGUUCCAAACCAACUUGGUGCCCUACCCGAGGAUCCACUUCCCGCUGGCAGCCUACGCGCCCGUCGUCUCCUCGGACAAGGCGUACCACGAGGGCAUGUCGGUGUCGGAGAUCACCGCGGAGCUGUUCGAGCCGCAGAACCAGAUGGUGAAGUGCGACCCGCGCGAGGGCAAGUACAUGGCGUGCUGCCUCCUGUACCGCGGCGACGUGGUGCCCAAGGACGUGAACGCUGCCAUCGCGAGCAUGAAGGGGCGCGCCGGCAUCCGCUUCGUGGACUGGUGCCCCACCGGGUUUAAGGUGGGCAUCAACUACCAGCCGCCGUCGGUGGUGGCGGGCGGUGACCUGGCGCAGGUGAAGCGCGCCGCGUCGAUGCUGAGCAACACCACCGCCAUCGCCGAGGCGUGGGGCAAGCUCGACCACAAGUUCGACCUGAUGUACGCCAAGCGCGCCUUUGUGCACUGGUACGUGAGCGAGGGCAUGGAGGAGGGUGAGUUUUCGGAAGCGCGCGAAGAUCUCGCCGCUUUGGAGCGGGACUAUGACGAGGUUGCCGUUGAGAGCUCUGACAUGGAGACUGUCGAGGACGAGCUG